ACGAACUGUCAGUCAGAUUGUAAUUCCUAACCUCAACGUGUUAUUUUGGGAAGGAUAGCGCUGGACUAGUUUUCAACAUGUCCGCAAAGAUAUUAGGAUUCCGCACAAAGUUAACGAACUUAGUUCAGUCGAACACCGAAAAAGUAUCGACUUCACUAGGCUCAAUAAAACUUCCCAGUCGACUGCAAGGGACUAUCAUUGAAAAGUGGUUGAACUACUGGAGGCAGCUGGCGAUUGACUACAAGGAUGUUGCACUGGACGUCGGUAAGGAAAUCCGGGCAAAGCCACUGAAGGCUGGUAUCAUAGGAUCUCUCGCGGCUAGCGCUUAUCUUGCUGCCAAACGCAAUCCCGAUGAAACUUCAUUCAUCGAUCAACUAAGAAGAUACAACAGUGAAAUGGUGUUGAUUCACGAGUCCUGCCAUAAUAGCAACUCCUCGCAACACCUGAAGUUCAUAGAACGAUGCUACAAUGAAGGCGUUGUUCGGCGAUUGUCACUUGGUGUGGUUUCAUUCAUUUGGCUUGAUAAUUACGAUAAAAGUCUGGCGAUUUACAAGGCGAUGUGCCCGUACCUUCAGCCCCAAUAUAUCAACUUCGGAGAUAGAAUAGUGGAUGUUGGUUUCUGGGACAAAUGGUGGAAGUUGGAGAAGCAAAUGGUCGAUUAUGAUAUUAAUUUUUGAUAUGAAAAUUUGUUAUUCACCAAAGCCUAGACGAUUUUGUAUAUAAGGUAAUAUUUAAUGAAAAUAGAUUUUUCUUGUUCCUAAAUUCA